AAUCACGGCACCAGAAACAAGACUGCGCACUUCUCUCUGGUUCAAUUGUACCAUCCAUCGCCAUGUCUCCUCGGUCAAGAGGUGUGAAGCGCAUCGCUGAUGUUUUGGGGUUUUCCUCUUCCAACAACCAUGUCUGCCGAUCGUGUCGACAAGCUCUUUCUCAACAAAGACAUGCGUCGACGGCGACGGUAAAAGCCACUACGGUUGAAGCUCCCCCUGUCACACAGCUCUCUCCGGAUGGCCCUGAAGCCUCUCCCGCCUCCCAACCCGUCUACACGAUCAAGGCCGGAGUCGUCGUGUCGCGACCUCCGCUCAUCACUCCCGACCCCCAUCCCUUCGAGACAGCAUACUAUCUGUACCAAAGACGGCUGAACGAGCGCCUGGUUUUGCCCUUCACGCAGUACUUUUAUUACAAGCGAGGAACCCCGGCGUUCGAGAACUGGCGCAACCAUCGCAGACAACGCGGCGGAGCCGCCACGAGAGAUAUCGGCGAGUACAAUGCGUACACGCCGGAGUCGUGGAACGACGAAGCUCUGAUCGGCGACGAUUCCGGAUCUCAGUCGAAGUUGGUCCAGGAUCUCAUCGCCGAAGAAGGGCGAGCAGAAGACUUUACCGGCGCGGGAGAUCCCAAAUUUGCCGGUCUGAAGCGAAGGAUGCCCGCAGACGAGACCAACGACCAGCGAAGUUUGGAACGGAGCUUACAGCGCACGCUUUACCUGUUGGUCAAGAAUAAGAAGGCCGGAAUGGCAGCUCAAGAGGAGAGCGAGCUGUGGAAGUUUCCAAGCGGAACUCUCAUAGGUUUUGAGGGAUUGAAAGAGGCCGCACAACGAAUCUUGUUCAGCUCUCUAGGUCACAACAUGAACACCUUCUUCGUCGGCAACCACCCAGUCGGCCACUACGUCCACAAAUUCGCAUCACCCAUCCCGAAUCCUACGUUAUCCUCAUCCGCAGCAGCUACCGAGACGUCGAAAGCAGCUCCGACCAAAGCGCCGCUCAAACAGUACAAGGCCGCCGAGGGCGACAUGAUCGACGGGGAAAAGACUUUUUACAUGAAGGCGCGUAUCAUGGCUGGACAAGCCGAUUUGGCCGCCGCCAAGAAGAAUGGUGUCGAGAUUGAGGAUUAUAAAUGGUUGAGUAAGGAGGAGGUCGAGAAACAGGUUCAUCCGGAUUAUUGGGUGAGGAUCAAGAACAUGCUUGUGUCGCAGUAGAAUGUACGGUAUGUGCUGCUUGCAGGUUAUUGGCUACAAUAGCUUGAGUCAACAGCUUGAGUCCACCUGUAUAAUUGUAUGACAAGAAGCGCGCGAGAGAGAAAAAGGUAUUUGUGGGUGAGAAGAUGUUUCUCGCCGGUUUUCCAAUUCCAACUAGGUCAACAUGCUUGCAAGAGUUGCUGGUAACUUACUGUGCUGUACUGUAUUGUAUGCACUUGACUCAGAUGUCUUGGGAUGAGGUACUCUACACCAAAGGCAGGGUAAAUAUUCUUUCUGUAUAAUAUACAAUGGCCAUGGGCGGUUCACAUUAUAUGAGAUUACAUCACAG